AUGCUGACCCCAAUGAUGGCUGGGGGGGUGGUGUUCCCCGGACUCUUCCUCCUCUCCAAGAACACUCUCCAGCGGCUGCCCCAGCUGCGCUGGGAAGAGGCCGACGCGGUCAUUGUCUCAGCCAGGCUGGUGUCCUCUGUCCAGGCCAUCAUGGCCUCCACAGCUGGCUACAUUGUCUCCACGUCCUGCAGGCACAUCAUUGAUGACCAACACUGGCUCUCCUCUGCCUACACGCAGUUUGCAGUCCCCUACUUCAUCUACGACAUCUACGCCAUGUUCCUCUGCCACUGGCACAAGCACCAAGUCAAGGGGCACGGCGGCGAUGACGGGGCCGGCAGCCCGGGCAGCACCUGGGCCGUGGCGCGUGGCUACCUGCACAAGGAGUUCCUCAUGGUGCUCCACCACGCCGUCAUGGUGUUCGUGUGCUUCCCACUCUCCGUGGUGUGGCGUCAGGGCAAGGGGGACUUCUUUCUAGGCUGCUUGCUGAUGGCGGAGGUCAGCACCCCGUUUGUCUGCCUUGGCAAGAUCCUCAUCCAGUACAAGCUGCAGCACACUCUGCUGCACAAGGUGAACGGGGCCCUGAUGCUGCUCAGCUUCCUGUGUUGCCGGGUGCUGCUCUUCCCCUACCUGUACUGGGCCUACGGGCGGCACGCCGGCCUGCCCCUGCUCUCUGUGCCCCUCGCCCUCCCGGCCCACGUCAACCUGGGCGCCGCGCUGCUGCUCGCCCCCCAGCUCUACUGGUUCUUCUUGAUCUGCCGUGGCGCCUGCCGCCUCUUCUGGCCCCGGGGCUCCCCGCCGUCCUCCCCGUGUCAGACCCAGGACUGA